AUGACCACCGACCACACAGAAGCCGCAACCGCGGUUUCUGCCCGCAGGAAGCGGAGAGGCAUCAGAGCUCGAUUACGAUCACGGCCUCCUCUGUCUGCGCGGAUCGUGCUGGACAAUCAUUUGCGUGGCGAUGUGGCCUUGCUGUCUGACGACCUCGUCAGUAGUCUUUUCCCCGGCAUCAAUCUGUUAGAGGCUGGAUUGCACGACAACACUGGCCAAGGUGUCCUCUAUGUCGCCGUCGCACCAUUUACGCCUCAUUCUUAUGCCGUCGACGAUAUCCCGUGGACUGUGAUACCAGCGCGAAUCCAACCAACCGAGCGUUCGCAAGUCGCUCCCAUCUCGCAUUCGACCGUCCUCUUCCCUUCCUCGGCAAACUAUUUACAAUCAUUCUUCGAGACGCUGGGGAAAUUAGACCCUAAUCGCCAUGCGAUUCAGUCGCAGCGCCCAAUUGAGAUACGCAUUCUAGAUGUGGUGCCUCUGCACUUGGACGCAAUCUACGUUACGGUCGAGCGCAACCUCCUCCGCAACUUGGAUGAUGUGCAGAGCAAAUUCGGCGGGGGCUUCAAUGCCCAUGGGGGCAAUGCUUUAUGGGGCAAAGGUGGCAAGGGGAUGGAAGUGAAGCGGUAUACGAAGAAAGCCGCGGCUGAAGCCGAGGAGCGAUUGACAGCUGCUGUCCGCGAGGCCCUGUCAAACCAAAAAGUCGUUCACGUUGGCGAUAUACUUUCUCUUCCAUUGCCAUCGCAUCCGAUUACCCAUGUGCCACCUCCGCCAGUGAAGAUCUCCUUUUGUGAGCCUGUCGCCCAGGGACUCCUGCUCCCCACGACCAAGAUUGUUUUGGUACAAUCCCGCCCACGGGGAGCUCGCCACCACCCCGCAUACACGCCUACAGGACCAGGUCUGCUCAAUGGUGUUGCGGAAGACCAGGCCGACGAUACUUCAAAUGAGCAGUUUUUCUCAGCCGCAGAGGACCGUCCGUUGGAAAGCGGUACUGAAAUGGAGAGCACCACACCACCGGAGGAUUCUGAAACAGAAAUAUCCGGCGCAAGCGAUAACGAUUCUUCGGACGACUCACUUGACGACAUGAUCUCGUUAUCCGCGCCACAAUUACCGCAGCAACCGUCUGGUGUUAUGUCAGCUAUGUCUAAUAUGACCCCUCGGCCUGGUGGUCGGCGCGUCGACGGUAUUCAUACUCCUGGCUCGGUUAUGUCGACGUUCACUUCGGGGACUGCCCGUCCAGGGCGCGCUGGUGGCAAGACUUUCAAAGCCGAAGGGCUUUUGAACCGAGUACCGACAGACCUACUGCACCCGAAACCAAAGGAGGAAGAUGAUACCGAUGCAUUCGUCUACGUUGAUAUCAAUACACUUGCCCGAGUGGGCUGCUUCUCAGGUGACUGGGUACGUAUAGAAGCUACUGAGGAACCACAAGCCAACCCGUUUGCCUCGCUUGCAAUUGGUAGCCUGAGUCUUAAUGAUGAAGAGCCUGGCAAUUGGCGCACGGUCCGAAUAUACGGAAUAUCGAGCUUGCCAUCGCCAAAGCCCCGAUAUGCUGUUGGUCAAAAUUCGAAUCGCCGUUCGAGUGUCUCUCAGCUCCCAGGCCAGCGUCUUACUCCGACGGUUUUCGUUCCCCCGAUUCUUCUCAGUAACCUCGACGGUCCGAAGUACGUUAAACUGUCGCCUCUCCUCCCCACGUCCGGCCACGGCUCAACGCGAGCUGGAUUACACCAGCCUGCAAAAUCCGCAAACAAGUCGCCGCCAGUAGCUAAGGAAGUUACUCUCUUGAAGAUAUCCACGCCACUGUCUUCAGAGCGCUCUAUUCAAACUGCUCUGUUUGCAGGACUUCGCCGCUAUUUCGAGUCUAAGAAGCGACUCGUCAAGAGUGGAGAUAUCGUGGGCAUCAGCGUCGACGAGGGCCUAGGAAGAGCUGUCUUUUCUGCGGCCAAGGGCCCGGAGAGUGGGGGGAUCGAAGACGAUCUCACUUCCCAACUUGGUAGCCUUCCAGAGUCCGCCUCGGAUGAAAACGCUGCUUCGAGAAAGGUUGGAGUAGCUUGGUUCCGAGUCGGGCAAGUAGUUGCACCACCUCCAGAGGAACAAGAUGAAGAAGACCCGUGGGGUGGUGUGGCUAUCAUCGAUUCUUCGAAUACACGCAUGGCACAAGCGGGCAGUAUGAUCAGCCGGAUCCCAGGAACGCUGGGAAGCGGUUGGGAGUACUGGCUCGGUGUCAAGACGCUUCCUCGAACGUCUAGCAGCGUGCCUACAUCUCAUGGCUUGGUUACGGAGCUGCCGAAAUUCUUUGUAUCGCCAAUCCAAAUCCGGGUCAAAGAGCUCAUGACGGCCGCAACGAGUCCUCGCGCUAUACAAUUAGGAAUGCCUCCGGUUGUCAUUCUCUUGACAUCCACCCAGAGACACAUCGGAAAGAGUACCUUGGCGACCCGUGCCUGUGCAGAUAUUGGACUUCAUGCUUUCACCGUUGAUGCUUACGACAUUCUCACCGAGGGCGGUGCCAAUGGCAGUGACGUUAAAACCGAGGCAUAUCUGAAAGCUCGAGCUGACCGAGCGUUCGCUUGUGGUUCCAGCUGCACGGCAUUAGUGAUUAAGCACAUCGAAGUGCUCACGGCUGAUCGGAUGGUUACUGCAAUGAAAGAAAUUGUUGCAGACUCGCGGGUCAUCAUUGCAACAACGACAGACGUCGAAAAGAUCCCAGAAGGGAUCCGUAGUAUGUUCUCACACGAGCUAGAAAUGACUGCCCCCGAGGAGAAAGAGCGAGAAGGGAUCCUACGAAAUGCCGUCAUUGACCGAAGUAUCAAGAUCUCAGUCGACGUUGAUCUUGCCGCAGUUGCAGUGAAAACGGCGGCUUUGGUGGCUGGUGACUUAGUUGACGUUGUCGAACGGGCAUCAAUCGCUAAAGCCGAUCGUCUCGAGAAGCUCACCCAGACUGCAAAUGAUCGUACUCCCGAUACCGCAGUUGGUAUUAGAGACGUCCAACUCGCUGGAGGCGAUGCCGCACGAUGUGUGACCAAGGUCGAUUUUGAUGUGGCCGUCGAAGCCGCUCGGAAGAAUUUUGCGGACUCAAUCGGUGCCCCUAAGAUCCCCAAUGUCACAUGGGAUGAUGUCGGUGGACUUGGCAACGUUAAGGAUGCUGUCAUGGAAACUAUCCAGCUUCCACUAGAGCGACCGGAACUAUUCGCCAAGGGAAUGAAGAAGCGCAGUGGUAUUCUGUUUUAUGGGCCACCCGGAACUGGAAAGACGCUUCUUGCCAAAGCUAUUGCUACGGAGUUCUCUCUCAAUUUCUUUUCCGUCAAGGGUCCCGAAUUGCUCAACAUGUACAUUGGUGAGUCUGAAGCUAAUGUGCGCCGAGUCUUCCAGCGAGCUCGGGAUGCACGACCCUGUGUAGUGUUCUUUGAUGAGCUGGACUCUGUAGCACCAAAGCGAGGAAACCAGGGCGACAGUGGCGGUGUCAUGGACCGAAUUGUCAGUCAGCUGCUCGCAGAAUUAGAUGGCAUGAGCGGCGGAGAAGAGAACGGAGGCGGUGUCUUCGUCAUCGGCGCUACUAAUCGUCCAGACUUGCUCGAUUCAGCUCUGCUACGCCCUGGUCGUUUCGACAAGAUGCUGUAUCUCGGGAUUUCAGAUACGCAUGACAAGCAAGCCAAGAUUUUGGAAGCAUUGACUCGAAAAUUCAGCCUUAAUCCGGAAGUCUCUCUCGCGCGUGUUGCGGAGCGACUGCCUUUUACUUAUACUGGUGCUGAUCUGUAUGCACUCUGUUCAGAUGCAAUGCUCAAGGCUAUUACUCGACAGGCUACUGCUGUGGACGAAAAGAUCAAAGCAUUGCCGGGCGGACCGGUCACUACUGCAUACUACUUUGAUCACCUUGCUACCCCCGACGACAUAUCUGUGAUGGUGACAGAAGAAGACUUUAUGGAAGCUCAGAGUGAGCUUGCUGCUAGUGUUAGUGCCAAGGAAUUAGAGCACUUUGAACGAAUUCGACAAUCAUUCGAGUCGUCUACCACGCAAGAAAAAGACCAACAGUCAUCUACCCCGCGUACCAUGGGCGAUGCCAUCAAUGGCCUUGACCCCGGUGCGGAGAUUGUGGAGAAUGGCGGCCGUGCUCUGAACGGAGACUCUGACGGCAAGGGCAAGGGAAGGGUAGGCACCAUUGGACGAGCCAAAGGCCGAGCGGUGCCGCCAUCCGUAGGUGGCAAAGGCAAGGGCAAGGCCAUUCCCGUCGGUGGUGGAGGAGGCGACUCUGAUUCCUCUUUUGACGGAUAUCAACCAAGUUCGCGUAGCGGAAGCGUGCAGUCACAGAGCUACGAUGUCGGAGAAGAAGCGGAUGUGGACGGGAUGGAGGAUGACUACGUUGUUAAAACGGACCACCUAAAAGUACAUUGCAACCUCAUUGAUCGGAAUUGUUCGCCAAAGAUGGGAGGCCACCACGGUGAUGAUGAUGCGCAAUUGGCAGCGUUGGGCCACAAGGCCGAGCUGAAGCGCAACUUCUCCAUGUUGUCGAUGCUGGGUCUUGCAUUCGCUAUUUUGAAUUCUUGGACCGCUCUUUCCUCGAGUUUGUCGCUCAGUUUGCCCUCUGGUGGCAGCACAAGUGUUGUCUGGGGUUUGAUCACGGCCGGCUUUUGCAAUCUGUGUAUUGCUGCUUCUCUUGCUGAGUUUAUUUCUGCUUAUCCGACGGCUGGUGGACAAUAUCACUGGGUUGCUGUAAGUACGACCAAUAUCUCCAUGCGCCUGCCGGGUUUAACAAUAUCACUAGUUGCGUGGAAGAAAUGGGUUCCGGUGCUCUCCUUCAUCACUGGAUGGAUCAACUGCGCCGGAUGGGUUGCUCUCGUGGCCACUGCCGGGCUUUUGGCCAGCCAACUGAUCAUCGGUGUCAUUUCUUUGAUGCAUGCGUCAUACGUCCCUGAGCGUUGGCACCAAUUCCUUAUUUACGUCGGAUACAACAUUGCUGCCUUCUUCGUCAACGCAUUUAUGAACUCUCUCUUGCCGAUUGUUACUCGUGCUGCCUUUAUCUGGUCCAUCGGCGGCUUUGUCGUCAUUUCCAUUACUGUGCUGGCAUGUUCAUCACCAGACUUCAACUCUGGAGAAUUUGUUUUCCGAGAGUUCCUGAACCAGACUGGCUGGCCAGAUGGCAUUGCAUGGCUCUUGGGGUUGCUCCAAGGUGGAUUUGGCGUUACGGGAUACGAUGCUGUUGCUCAUAUGAUUGAGGAAAUUCCUAAUGCCUCAAUCGUCGGGCCUAAGAUCAUGAUCUACUGCGUCUGCAUCGGUACAUUUACCGGUGCGGUUUUCCUCGUUGUCUUGCUUUUCGUUCCAGGAGACAUCGACUCUGUCAUCGAAUCCUCGGCCGGUCCCCUCCUUCAGAUUCUCUACAACGCCACCAAGAGCAAUGCCGGAGCUAUCUGUCUGUUGAUGAUUCCUCUGAUUUGCCUGCUUUUCACGGCAACAUCGAUCAUGACCACCAGCAGUCGCAUGAUCUACGCCUUUGGCCGAGAUGGCGGUCUCCCUGCUUCUCCCUUCUUUUCUAGGGUUCACCGGAAGCUCGAUGUGCCUCUGAAUGCCUUGUACCUGACCACUGUCCUGGUGAUUAUUUUUGGUCUUAUUUUCCUUGGAUCUUCGAGUGCAUUCAAUGCUAUUAUUUCCGUCUCCGUCGUUGCUCUCGAUUUGUCCUACGGCAUACCGAUCUUCAUCAACGUCGUCCAGGGCCGCAAGAUGAUUGCCGACGCCCCGUGGAAAAUGCCGGAGCCAAUUGCUUGGGCUGCUAACAUCGUCUCCCUUGUUUAUAUUAUCCUUACAACUGUGCUCUUCCUCUUCCCACCAGAGUUGCCAGUUACUGGAAGCAACAUGAACUACUGUGUCGCCGUGUUUGGCGUUGUCGUCAUCGUUUCCGUCUUCCAAUGGUUCGUCGACGGAAGAAAGAAUUUCACCGGUCCACGCAUUAAUCUUGAUGACCUAACUCCUGGAGUCACUGUGGGCGAAGCGCCACUCGAUCAGCAGUUCUCGACUGAAGGUGAAACAGAGACUGAGAAAAAUGCUUACUCUUCGAAAUAG